AUAUCUAAAGAGCAAAGCAAAGGAAAAGAAUCUAGUUUGUUAAACUAUUCUCACAAGUUCAACAGAGAGUUAGAUAGCAAUCAAGAAAAUAGACCAAAAAGUAGAACCACUACAAGCAAACAACAAACAGAGAAUAUUAUGAUAGAGGACACAUCA